AUGCACGAUGAAUCCAUGAUUCUUGGAGUUGGUGCCGCAUUGGCCGCCGUCACCCUCUUGACCUACCCCUCCGUGUCUGGUCUCGUUAACCAGAUCCGUAAGCGUGAGCAGCGAAGCGAUGACGUCUACAGCGACCCUGACGGCAAGGCUACGGCCGAGUCGGACGCCGCUUUCUCCGACAAGCUGCCCAAGGCGGCUGUGCUGCUCUCCGCCCUCCUCGGCGCCGGACCGUCACUCGCCGCGUCCGUUCUAGCCACGCUCAACAACGGCCGUGACAAGCUGUUUGUUGAGAGCUGGCUCGUGACUGCUGCAUGGCUCCUCAUUUUGUUCCAGGCGAUCGCCAUUGUGGCCAUCCGUCGCUCGUCCGAGGCCUACCACUUUGGUCUUUUCACCUUCGCGAGUGGUCUCACACUGGCUUACACCACUAUUACCUUUGACACCAAGGUCGUCGAAGACCUGCUCGAGAACAACCGCCUAGUCCUUGGGCUGCGUGUCACUGAGCUUGUAGGCGUUGCCGCCGUCACCGCGGCCAGCGUUCUGCUGCCUCGGCGCCCCGAGGUCUACUACCAGGAUGAACUCGUCGACCGAAUGUACACCACGACUGCGUACAGCCGCUUCACCUUCUCGUGGCCCUCGGAGCUGAUGAAGCUCUCGGUCACCAAGAAGAGCUUGGAUCUCAUCGAUAUGCCUCGCCCGAACCAUCUGACCCGUGCUGUCAACAUGUCUGCCAACUGGCGCGCUGCCAACUACCCGGACCGUCGCCUUUGGCUCUCCAUUAUCCGUGCCCACGCCGGCCCUUUUGCUCUACAGUGGCUGCUGACCUUCGGCACGGCCAUCCUCAACUUUGCACCGCAGUGGGUCGUCCUGCGUCUGCUGCGCAUCCUGGAGGGUCGCGUUCUGGGCGAACCCUUGAGCGUCGAUGCUUGGAUCUGGGUCCUGUGGCUCGGCAUUGCCAUCAUUGCCCAGUCGCUUCUCGAAUCUUACGUUUUCUGGCUGUCUUGGGCAGAGCUCAGCAUCCCUGUCCGCGCCCAGCUCUCUGCUCUGAUCUUUGAAAAGUCUAUGCGCCGCAAGGAUGUUAAGCAGAGCCGCAAGAAGAACAAGGACGCCGCCGUUGGCCCGACCGAUCCCGCCAUUGCGGCGCCUGGAGCCGAGACGACCACCGCUGAUGCCCCCGAGGUGCCCGAACCGACCGACGCUGCCAAGGAAGAAGAAGAAGACGAUCUUGAGUCAGCGAAGAAGACUAAGCAGGGCACUGUCAACCUGAUUGGAGUGGAUGGCAAGCGUGUUUCGGACUUUUGCUCUUACCAGAACCUCUUCCCCGGCAGUUUGUUCAAGCUUGCCGUUUCGCUCACAUUCCUUGUCAAUCUUCUGGGCUGGAUUCCUCUCGCCGCCGGUUUCACGUCGAUGCUCAUCAUCAUGCCCUUCAAUAUCUACUUCUCGAAACUGUAUGCGGACGCCCAGGACAAGUUGAUGAAGCUGCGCGAUGAGAAGCUGGAGGUCGUCACUGAGGCUCUGCAGGGCAUCCGCCAGAUCAAGUUCUCUGCCCUCGAACCGCAGUGGGAGGACAAGAUCGGCGAGGUGCGCAAUCGCGAGCUCAAGAAGGUCUGGGACGUCUUCUGCUACGAUGCCAUUCUGAUUGCCUGCUGGGUCACGAGCCCUAUUGCCUUAUCCGCCAUCUCGCUUGCCGUCUAUGCCUACAUCUAUGGCGAGCUCAGCCCGUCUGUCGCCUUUGUCAGCCUGGGUGUUUUCCGGGCCCUGGAAGUUACUCUGUCUGUUAUCCCUGAACUGACGACCGACCUGCUUGACGCCUGGGUCUCUAUCAAGCGUAUUGAGGAGUACCUUUGCAGCCCCGAUCUUGUCAAGGUUUCCAAGGACGGCGAUGAGAUUUCGUUCGACAAGGCUUCCAUUGCUUGGCCAUCUGACGAGGAUAUUGACGAGAGCGAACGCUUCGUCCUGCGUGAUGUCAACCUUACUUUUCCCCAGGGCGAACUCUCGGUCAUCUCUGGCAAGACUGGUACCGGCAAGAGUAUGUUGCUUUCCGCCAUUCUUGGCGAGGUCGACCUCCUUGCUGGCAGCAUCACCGUCCCUGACGGCCUGUCCAUUGACGACCGCCAUGAUUCCAAGGCCACCAAGGGUGACUGGAUCCUGCCCAAGUCGAUUGCGUAUAUUGCCCAGAUUCCCUGGAUCGAGAAUGCUACGAUUCGCGAAAACAUCAUUUUCGGCCUGCCUACUGACGAGGAGCGCUACCAGAAGACCAUCGAGGUAUGCGCUCUUACGAAGGAUCUCGAGAUGUUGUCGGACGGCGAGGACACCGAAAUUGGCGCCAACGGCAUCAACCUGAGUGGUGGCCAGAAGUGGCGAAUCACCCUUGCCCGUGCCAUCUACUCGCGUGCCGGUAUUCUUGUCAUGGACGACAUUUUCAGUGCUGUCGAUGCCCACGUCGGUCGCCACAUCUUUGAGAAGUGCAUCAACGGUGAGCUCUGUGCUGGCCGCACCCGUAUUCUGGUCACCCAUCACGUGUCUCUGUGUGCACCCCAGACCAAGUUCCUCGUCGAGCUUGGCGAGGGCCGCGUGCUUCACUCGGGCCUGCUUUCGGAACUUGCUGAGGAUGGCACCCUCGAUCGCAUCAAGAGCCAUGAGCAGCGCGCCGUGGAAGUCAACGAAGAUGAAACCGCCGAGGCCACGGCUGUGAACUCAGACAAUUCCACUGACAACGGUGACGACAACGACAACGAGAGUGGCCCUAGCGAUGGUGGUGCUCUCAAGAAGACUGCUUCUCGCGCCUCCCAAGCCGGGGCCGCAGAGGCUGCUCCCAAAAAGACGGCCAGGAAGUUUGUCGAGGACGAGAAACGCGAAGAAGGUGCCGUUCGCAAGCACGUGUACCUUGCGUAUCUCAAGGCCAGCGGCGGCUGGCCCUUCUGGACUAGCGUCGUCGUUGUGUUCUUUAUCGUGCAGAUUCUCAAUGUGUCUCGCUCCUGGUGGCUGCGCAUCUGGACUGGUCUGUACGAUGAGAAGAGUGAAGCGACCUCGUUCAAUUAUUCCACUCUUGGCCACCACGCCCUCGGCCAGAACCAGCAGUACUCCUACACCGGCGGCCUUCACCACCAGAAGACCAUGGGCUCUGUGAAUGGUUUUUCAAGUGCGUUCAGCUCAUCCAACAAGGUCGGCACGUACACGACUGAAUCUAUGAGCUACUAUAUGGGAAUCUACGUCCUCCUUGCCAUGUCCACGGCCAUCAUCAGCUCGGCGCGAUACUUUUACAUCUAUUUUGGUUCGAUCCGGGCUAGCCGGACUCUGUUCGAGAGACUCAACUUUAUCAUUCUUCGGGCCCCGCUCCGCUGGCUCGAUACUGUGCCCGUCGGUCGUAUUCUGAACCGUUUCACCGCCGACUUCAACAUUAUUGACAACCAGCUGGCCAACUCCAUCAGCUUUGGUGGUAAUUCGUUUGUCCAGCUGAUUGGUGUCGUCUUGUCUGGUUUCUUUGUCUCGCCGUUCAUUGUGUUGAUGUCGUUUGCCCUCCUGGUCAUCUGCGUCUACUUCGCCUCCAUCUAUGUCACCGCUGCCCGCCCUGCGAAGCGUCUUGAAAGCACGGCUAAGUCGCCCGUGUUUGAGCAGUUCGGCACGGCCCUGUCCGGUGUUGUGACCAUCCGUGGCUACGACAAGGUACAGGUCUAUAUUCAGCGCAUGUACCGCAAGCUGGAUGACUGGUCGACCACGACCUGGCACUUAUGGCUGUUCAAUCGCUGGGUUGGCUGGCGCAUGAGCCUGGUGGGCUCCUUCUUCUCCGUCGUUGUUGCCUCGGUUCUUUUCUCGUCACCGACGAUUGACUCGGCCCUGGCUGGUUUCGCACUGGCCUUUGCUCUGGAUUUCUCGUCGUGCGUCAUGUGGACAGUGCGUCUGUACGCUAACGUCGAGCUCCAAAUGAAUGCGGCCGAGCGCAUUAUUGAGUACACGGAGCUGCCUACCGAGGAUCUUGGUGGUCAACAGCCACCUGCGGCCUGGCCGACGGAAGGCCGCAUUGAGGUCGACAACCUGGUUGUCAGCUACGCUCCCGAUUUGCCGCCUGUCCUGAAGGGUCUUACGUUUGGUGUUGAGCGCAACCAGCGCGUUGGUGUUGUCGGCCGCACCGGUGCCGGCAAGUCGUCGCUGACUCUGGCGCUGUUCCGUUUCCUCGAGGCUCGCUCGGGUGGCAUUCACAUUGACGGCAUCGACAUCUCCAAGAUCAGGCUCCACGAUCUCCGUUCGCGCUUGGCUAUCAUUCCUCAGGACCCCGUUUUGUUCUCUGGCACUAUUCGCAGCAACCUGGACCCCUUCAACACACACACUGACGAAGAGUUGCGCGACUGUUUGGAUCGCGUACACUUGACAACGUCCCGCGCAUCGUCGGCUGCCACUUCGGGUCGCAACUCGCCUACACCUGCCGAACCCGCCUCGUCCUCCAGCACUGUGUCGGAGCCCAAGAACGUCAACAUCUUCAACGGCCUGUCCUCGCAGAUCUCUGAAGGUGGCCUCAAUCUGUCGCAGGGCCAGCGCCAGUUGCUCUGCCUGGCCCGUGCCAUAGUCCGGAGACCGCGUGUCAUGGUGCUGGACGAGGCGACGUCGGCCGUUGACAUGCACACGGAUGGUCUGAUCCAACGCAGCAUUCGCGAAGAGUUCACAGACUCGACCUUGCUCGUGAUUGCGCACCGUCUGAGCACCAUUGCCGACUUUGACCGCAUUCUUGUGCUCAGCGAUGGUGCGGUGGCCGAGUACGGCACGCCGCGCGAGCUGUGGGAGAAGGGUGCCGAGGAGGGCAUCUUCCGCGGCAUGUGCGAGGAGAGUGGUGAGCGCGACAAGCUGGAGAAGGUCGUGUUCGGCACGGCCUCCUCUUCUUGA